AUGAAGUACAAGUUCGACGAGUUCCAUUCGCCCUUCCUCCGCGACACCGAUUUCGAGGCCAAGCCCUUGGUGCUUCUCCUCGGUCAGUAUUCCACGGGCAAGACCUCCUUCAUCGAGUUCAUGCUCGACCAGCCUUUCCCUGGCUCCCGCAUUGGUCCCGAGCCCACCACCGACAGGUUCGUGGCGGUGAUGCACGGUAACGCCGAGCGGGUGGUGCCCGGUAAUGCAGUGGCCGUCGACGCCGACAAGCCCUUCCACGCGCUCAACCGCUACGGCGCCUCCUUCCUCAGCAAAUUUGAAGCCGCAGAGUCGCCCGCUCCUCUCCUCCAGUACAUCUCGUUCGUGGACACCCCGGGCGUGCUCUCGGGCGAGAAGCAGCGGAUCGGGCGCAGCUACGACUUCGUGAGCGUGAUCGAGUGGUUCGCGGAGCGGGCCGACCUCAUCCUCCUCCUCUUCGACGCCCACAAACUCGAUAUCUCCGACGAAUUCAAAAGAGCGAUCGAAGGCUUGAAGGGCAACGACGACAAGAUCAGGGUUGUGCUCAACAAGGCCGACAUGGUGUCCCACCAGCAGCUCAUGCGGGUGUACGGCGCCAUGAUGUGGUCGCUCGGCAAGGUCGUCAAAACGCCCGAGGUAAUGCGCGUCUACAUCGGUUCUUUCUGGAACGAGCCGUACCACAUCAGCGACAACGCCAAACUGUUCGACGCUGAGCAGGCCGACCUGCUCAAGGACCUCAUGUCCCUCCCCACCAACUCCGCCAUGCGCAAGGUCAACGAGCUCGUCAAGCGAGCUCGGCUGGUGAAGGUGCAUGCCUAUCUGAUCGGGCACAUCAAGAAACAAAUGCCGGCGCUGUGGGGCAGCAAGGCAAAGAAGGACGAACUCAUUAAGGACAUGCUCAACGUGUAUCGGGAGGUGAAGAGGACACACCGGCUGCCGCCGGGCGAUUUCCCCGACCUGGAGCGGUUCAAGGAGACGCUUAAGGACCACGAUUUUGACACCUUCGCCAAGCUCGACGAGAAGCUGGUCUCCCGCAUCGACGAUGUUCUGGGUAUCGACAUUCCUCGGUUGAUGGCAAUGAUCUCGCCGCCGAAGAAGGAGGAGCCAGCGCCGCCACUUCAGCGACAGCAGUCCAAUCCGUUCGGCGGCGCCGGCGGCGACGACAACCCGUUCGAGGACGAGCCCGAGGACGAGGACUACGUGAUCCGCGAGCGGGAGAAGGCGGCCUACGAGCGCCAGUUCCUCAUGCUCAACCCACAGGCUGGCAAGCUCAGCGGCGCGCAGGUCAAGACGGCGCUGGUCGAGACGGGCGUGGCCACGGGCGUGCUGCGCAAGGUGUGGACCCUGUCCGACAUCGACAAGGACGGCAAGCUCGACCUCGACGAGUUCGCCAUCGCCCUGCGGCUGUGCGAGAUUGCGAAGAAGUCGCCCGAGAAUCCGAUUCCGUUCGAGAUGCUUCCGGCCUCCCUGGUGCCCCCCUCCAAGAUGAGCUUCUUCACCAACCCGCAGUAG